UAAUGGCGUGUGUGUGACUAUGUACCUGGGUUCUUUCUCGUAAUAAAAUAGGACAUAUCACGACGAAUAUUCUGUCGCUGGGGCAUUUGUUUAUUAUUUCUGUUACUAAAUCACAAGUGCUUCAUCGAAGUGGUGUUAAAAUACUUAUAAACGAUUUAUGUGCUGUGUAUUAAAGAAAACCAAGUUUUCGAAUUUGUGUGGUAGAUUGAGAAGCAAAAAGAAUGCCUGCCUUGCGAGCUCCCCGAGUGUAAAUUAUGCUUAUUGAGACAGUGAAUCGGCACAAUACAUUGAUUUGAUUCGUAUGGGCUGAAUGACGACCGUGUUCUAUUUAUAGCACUUUGGGGUCACAUAUCUCAUUUUAUUAUCCCGAAAAUCGCAUGAUGUUGUUGUAAACAUUAUAUUAAACGUCGAUGUAUGGCGCGAUCUUCUUACAGUUACGUCAGCGACUUAAAUGAACAUUAAAUCGGUUUGUUUCGCGUGAAGAUGGAGGAGUCUGACGACGCCAUGAGUUCAGAUGAUCUGAAGAAUAUUUUUGGAACGGUUACUGGGAAGGUAAAACCUAAGAAACGUUCCUUAGUUGAACGUGAACUGGAAACCAGUCUCACUGAACACUUCACAUCUCCUAUAAGUUACGGUGGUGCAUUUAGUAAGAGUCGAUAUGGUCGGGCCCGUAGGUUCAAGACAGAUACUAAUUACUAUGAUACAGAAAAGGCCGUGACUGAGGUAUUAAAGUCUCCAAAUAUGGAAAAGACUCCCAGCAAGUCCCAUCCUCCAGCGUAUAAAAUGCAUGCUUCCAACUCCCCUGUUACGGAAUCAACUAAAAGAAUAUCUGUUGAAGGUAAUUUAGAAAAUCAAAUUGAAAACAUUUAUAAUACGAAUAUAGCACUCAGCCGCUUUGGUUCAGAAGAGAAAAAAAAUUCGCCAUCUCCAGCCAAGAAAUUUCCUAAGGUAUAUAUAAGAAAAGAUUUGAUACAAACAAAAGAGAAAGAGGAAACCGUUACACUUAUUAAAAAUUUAUUUUCACCAGUAAAAAAUUCAUAUAAACAAUCAAAUUCACAUUUAAGUAAUAUUUUGGAGAGGUCAUCUGAAAAAUAUAAUCUGAAUGGGAGCGUUGCUGCAAAACAGAAUGGGUACUAUGACAAUGCAUCUGUGGUAAAAAUGCUAGAUUUUGAUGAUAAUAAGAGAAAGAAGAAAGAAAACAAGGAAUUAAGCAGACCGGUACUAUCAAAGAGUGAACAAUUUGAAUUGGAAGCAAAAUGCUUGUUCCAAGUUGGAGACUUGGCCUGGGCUCGAAUGGGGACUUACCCAUUUUGGCCAUGUAUUGUCACAAGAGAACCUUUGAGUGACAUGUUUGUGAGAAAAAAGUUAUUUGGGCGCAUGGAGCGAGAUGUAGUACACGUGACUUUCUUUGGAGAUAAUGGUCGACGCAGCUGGAUCGUCCAUAGCAUGUUACGUCCAUUUUUGGGACUACAAGAAUUUGAGAUCACAAGGGACCAGUUUACCCCAAAGGCAAAGAAGAAGGAUCCUAGGCUCUAUGCAGCUUUCUUUAUAUCAGAUAAGAAGCAGGCUUUAUGGAGUAUGUCGGUUCAUGAAGCGGAAUCAUUAAUGCGUGAACCAAAACGACUAAGAAUCGAUAUCUUUUACGAUAUGUUAGAAAAAUCGAAGACGAAAGUUACUCCAAAGAGCCAGAAAAGUGGAAAAAUAACUAGAACGGACAGUGAUGUGUCUUUGAGUGAGAGCUUACUUGAUACAUUAUUUUCUGAGGGUGACAGAAAGAAUGAUGACUUAGAUAGAUCACGAAAUAAGUCCUUAGAUGUUUCCGAAGUUGUUACAGCGUGUUUAGACAAUAUGGCAGCUAAAACUGGUAUUACGAAAAUUCAAAGACAAUCUCAUAUGGAUAGGUGGCUGCAAAAAGCAAAAUCAAAGACACCUGAAAAAAAUCAAUUGAAAGUAACCGUGACUGUUGAAAGAAUAGAGAAAGAUAAAGAUAAAUCCAAAGGAAAGGAAAAGGAUACUAAAACCAGUGAGUCUAAAAGGAAAAAGAAGUUUUUGUCGAAAGAAAGUACUUGUAACCCAAGUCCAUAUAGUUUUAGGAAGUCUGUUAGAGAAUCUCAAAAUUUACUAUCUCAUCAAAAUGAACAUGAUUACAGUAAAUACUCAGAAUGCGAGGAUGACAUAUCCCUGAAAGCCAUUAAUGUAGACGCAAUUCAAAGCCCAAUUGAACCAGUUCCAAACAUUUCUGUCAUUGAUAAAGUUGAAAGCUUAAACGAAAAUGUCAAUAAAAUUAUAGGCAAAGACAUCACUGAACGAGAAACGGAAGUGGUAAAUAAAGACCAAACUCUUACAUCUGAAGUUGAAACCAUAUCUGAUACAGACGAAAAUCCAUCCAGAGAAGACGAAAACUUAAAUGAAGCAAUUAUUACCGAAAGUAAAGAUCAAAACAGGCUUAAUAACAAAAAAGUUACAACUGAUGAAAUAAUAAAUAGCAAUUUAGUUGAAUCUGACCAACCUAUUAACAAAGAUGAUGUUAACGUUAUGGAAAUUGCAGAAAUAAAUGAUAAUUUGCCUGCACGAUCUGAACAAUUUGUUAACAGAGAAACAAUCAGGACUGAGGUUACAGAAGACUUAGAAUUUUUAGAGCGAGACUUUGAAACUACUAUCAAAGGUGACUCUUCAGUAAAACACCUAGAAAAUGAUUCAGACUCUAAAAAAAGCGACAAAGAAAAUACCCAAAUCUCAACAAGUCGCUUAGAAACAGCACUACUUAAAGAGACUUUGUUGUCUGACAUAUCUUCUGAAGACAUGGAUGUGGACAAAACUAUCCAUGAAAAUGUAGUUGACGGUGAAACCAAUGAAUACGAACAUUUAGACAUGUUGUAUGAUAAUUUAGAAAACAGCAAUGAUGUAAUUAAGAAAAGUUGUGUAAAAGUAAAAAAUCAGGAAAUUGUUCAUAAAUCAAAUGAAGCAACUAGUGUGAAUGUGAAUGAAGGCGAUCAAAAUUACACUUGUGCUGUUUCUGAUUCAGUGAAUGACCUAAUUCCCAAGACCAAUGAUAAGGAUUUCGUAACCCAAGUAAUAGAAAAAAAUGAAGUAUACUCAAAAACAAUUAACGAACACACUAUUUCAACAAUUAGUUCUAAAGAUUUGCCACAAGAACGCACAAAAACUAAGACUGCAAAUAGUAUGGCUGAAAUCAUAUCACUUGACGAAGACUCGAUAGAUUAUGAUGAUAUCACAGAUUGUGAGAGCAUUAUCACUUACUGUAGUGACACCAAUAUAAAUACGAAAAAUGGAACUGUAGAACUUGAUAAAGUGGAAGAACAAAAUAAUCUUUGUGACUUUGAUGUAAAGACGGUAAAAGAUUGCAUUGCAGGUUGUGAUGUUAAAAACGCAGUUGUUACAGACAAUGGAACCGUAUCUAUUGAGAAAACCAUCUUACAUGAAGGUCUUACUAGUGACAGUCAUGGGCAGGUCCAAGUAGAAAGUACAGUGAAAAAUAAUAACGUAAACUGCGUACCAUUCGAUGUAGAAAAUAGUGGUAAAGGUGUUAAAGAAGGCACAGAAAUCGAAGAAAAUUCUUAUGACGAUGAUUAUUCGGACGAUGAGGACGAUAUUGAACAGCCAGCAUAUUCCCCACAUUAUCCUCAGUCUGAAGAAAAAGUUAAUCUAAUAACAGAAAGCCUUGAAAUUGUUUCGCAAAAAAAUUUGGACAGAGAAACCGUUUUGCUGAAUCCAACAAAAAUUGACACAUCCACAAAUCAAAUACUACCGCAUAUAGCAAACGUUACAUCUACAAGUACGCAAGCAGUUAAAAAAGUUAAAGAUUUCAAUGAAAUGAAGACUGAACUUGGAUCAGAUAAUGAUUCUAUGAGUUCUGAAUUAGAUAAUGUAGCUCUAAGUGAAUUAAGAAGGGCAUUUAAAAACAAAACUUUACAGAAUGGUAGCACGAAGCUUUCCAAAGGAGCUAUGGGUUCAAAAGCUUCUCAUUCUGAUACAGAACUCUUUCCUAAACGCGAAUUACGGUCAAGAAUAUCAAAGUCUCCUACAAGUUCUAUCAAGGAAAAUGGAUUUCAUAGCAGCAAAGACACUAGUCCUGAACGAGUAGCGAAACAGGAGUGUGAUACCAUAUCCAUUAUUUCUAUUAACUCUGAAGAUAGCAACACUUCAGUAAGUAAACGUAAAGUAGGUAAAGAAAGACAGGCUAGUGCCGAUAAUAUGCAGAAUCCAGAAUUCUUGAAAUAUUUGGAGCUAAGACAAGACAGUUUGAUAGAUGAACAUCCUGAAUUAACUUAUGAAGAGCUAGUUGCAUAUUUGUACAAGACAUGGCAGUAUGAAGACAGCAAAAAAUCUGAUCUAAUGAAAACUGAAGACAUGGAAUCAUCACAUUUGGUUAAAGGUGUUAUUGUUAAUCAGGAAUUAAGUCAACCGAAGAAGAAAAAGAUGAUGAAGCAAAGGAAGAUAGUUGACAUUGUCAAAGUCAUGGGCAACGAGGAUUUCAAGCCCAGAGAAAGACGAAAGAUGAUCGAACCAUUGUAUAAAGAAGAUUUUUCAGAUUUAGAAGAUGAAAUAGAGAUGUUUGAGAUUUUCAAACCUAAGAACAAAAUAAAAGUGGAAAAUCUGAAAAGUGAACCGUCUAAAGCGGCUACUGAAAAUGUACCAAAAGCUAUAGAAAAAACUGAAGACAAUAAGGAGACAACUGCAGAAAUUAAACGUGAUGUAUUAAUUGAUGAUAUCAAGGACGAAUAUUACGAUGAAGAAGAAGCUUAUUUCGAACAAUUAACUAAACCAAAGCCUAAUGUAUUCAAAGGUAUGGUUCGAGAAAAGGUGUGCGAAAUCUGUGAAAAUACUAGCAAUCUUAUCAAGUGUAAGGGUUGUCAGGGUAUGUUUCACAUUGACUGUGUUAACAAAAAGUCAGAGGAUGAAGAUAUUCCCAUGCAAUCCACAAGAGGUAGAAAGAAAAAUAAGAAAAAAAGGGGUAGGAAACCUAAAGUAUCAAUUGAUUCUAAUGGAGUUGACUCUGGCAGUCAAAGCGACGAGAAAUCUCAUGACUAUAAUAUUUCAGAGGAGCUCAAUGCGUCUGUUGAAAACGUCAAAGCACCUAUACUUGAACCUUUAGUCGUAGAUGCAGAUAACUUGGAAGCUCAAUUGGAAGCUAAAAUGAAAGAACUUGUUGAUUCGGCCAAUAUUGAAUAUGAGUCUUAUUCAAGCGACGAUGGAAUAGAUUGGGAUAAAGCUGUUGCUGGCCAAUGUGAAAUAGUCGAGAUAAAAGUUAAAUCUAAACCAGUGAAUCUUGAAGUUGACUAUUCAGAUUUUAAGUGCAAAAAUUGUUUAGACCAUGAGGUGCCCAUUUGUUUAGUAUGCAAAUCAGCUGUUUCGCCCAAAGAUAAAAGUGUCAGAAGACAGAAGUGUCAAGUAGCACAUUGUCAGAAAUACUAUCAUAUUUCUUGUUUAGAUCAGUGGCCUCAGACCCAGUUUAAUUCAGGUGAACCUUCAAGGAGUAAUAAGAAGAUAAAUGAGCACUUUGAAGCUUUGACAUGUCCAAGACACGUCUGCCAUACUUGUGUUUGUGAUGACCCCAGAGGUUGCAAGACGCGGUUCAGCAGUGACAAGCUUGCCAGAUGCGUGCGAUGUCCAGCAACUUAUCAUUCAUUUACUAAAUGCCUUCCAGCUGGUACGAAAAUUCUGACGGCGUCACAUAUUAUCUGUCCAAGACAUUAUGAACAUAGACCCGGCAAGGUUCCCUGCCAUGUAAAUACCGGAUGGUGCUUCAUAUGCGCUCUUGGGGGUACAUUGAUUUGUUGCGAAUAUUGUCCCACAUCUUUCCAUGCUGAUUGUCUGAACAUUGAGCCCCCAGAAGGCGGAUAUAUGUGUGAGGACUGUGAGACUGGACGGUUGCCUCUUUAUGGAGAAAUGGUGUGGGUCAAAUUAGGACAUUAUCGAUGGUGGCCAGGAAUUAUUCUGCAUCCGUCUGAGAUCCCGGACAACAUAAUGGCUGUAAAGCAUUCCCAUGGAGAAUUCGUCGUACGAUUCUUCGGACAAUAUGACCACUAUUGGGUGAAUAGAGGCCGCGUGUUUCCUUUUCAAGAAGGUGACUCCGGCAGAAUAUCCAGCCAGAAAUCUAAGAUCGACGAAGCUUUUACCAAAGCAAUGGAGCAUGCGCAAAGAGCCUUCGAGAUACUGAAAAACGUGGAAGCGAACGAAGAAGACCCGGACAUAGCUUCAUCGCUACUCCCUCCUCACUACGUUAAGUUGAAGGUGAACAAGCCGUGCGGGUCACUGUACGGCAAACGCAUCGACGUCGAAGAGAGUUCAUUGACGCAAUGCGAAUGCAAUCCUGACGAAGAGGAGCCUUGUGGACCGUACUCCCAUUGCUUGAACAGGAUGCUGCUGACGGAGUGCGGCCCGCUGUGCCGCGCGGGCGAACGGUGCUGCAACCGCGCCUUCGAGAAGCGCGUCUACCCCAAACUCACACCGUACCGCACGCCGCACCGCGGCUGGGGACUCAAGACGCUCGAAGAUAUCAAAGCGGGUCAAUUCGUGAUCGAGUACGUAGGCGAGUUGAUUGACGAAGAGGAGUUCAAGCGGCGCAUGCGCAGGAAGCACGAGUUUCGCGACGAGAACUUCUACUUCCUUACGUUAGAUAAGGAAAGGAUGAUUGACGCCGGGCCUAAGGGCAAUCUAGCUAGGUUCAUGAACCAUUGCUGUGAGCCGAAUUGCGAGACGCAAAAAUGGACUGUUCUUGGUGACGUCAGAGUGGGGCUCUUCGCGCUUAAAGACAUACCCGCGAAUAGCGAAGUGACGUUCAAUUAUAACCUGGAGUGCGCCGGCAUCGAGAAGAAACGUUGCCUCUGCGGCGCCAAGAGAUGCUCUGGUUACAUUGGGGCUAAACCCAAACAGGUAAUGUAUGAAUGA